CCGCCCCCAGAACCUGGUCACCUGGGCUUCCUAGCCAGCCUGGCUGCCCCCAAGGCAGAUCACCUAGGUCCGGGGACCCUGCGCCUUCCAGGCCUGGUCCUUGUCUCCUUCCCUGCGUUUCUCUGAGGCUGUGUGCCAGUGGGCUGUGAGGCAGCACCUUCUGGCUUGUCUUUGCUGGCUCCCCCAUGAGGAAGUGUGGGCUGUGAUCAGGGAGGCGGGCAGGGCCACAGAUGGAGGGUUUUAUCCCCGCAGCUUACCGCGGGGCACUGUUGGACCGCUCCUGAGCUCGGAUUGCAGGCAUGAAAGAAAAUGUCAGUGAAACCAGGGCCUCCUCGCUCCCUAAGUGGUCCAAGGAGGCCCAUCCUGAAAUUUCUGUUGCUUCGGCCCAUUUGACAGUGAGAAGCACACAGCCAGGACCUUCACCACAGUAGAAUGGGUGAGGAGGGGCCCCCCAGCCUGGAGUACAUCCAAGCCAAGGAUCUGUUCCCCCCCAAGGAACUAGUGAAAGAGGAAGAGAAUCUGCAGGUGCCCUUCACAGUGCUGCAGGGUGAGGGGGUAGAGUUCUUGGGCCGGGCAGCCGAUGCCCUCAUUGCCAUCUCCAACUACCGGCUGCAUAUCAAGUUCAAGGAUUCUGUCAUCAAUGUCCCCCUCCGGAUGAUUGACAGUGUGGAAAGCCGUGAUAUGUUCCAGUUGCACAUUGCCUGCAAGGACUCCAAAGUGGUGAGAUGCCACUUCUCCACUUUCAAGCAGUGCCAAGAGUGGCUUUUGCGGCUAAGCCGGGCCACAGCGAGACCUGCCAAGCCUGAGGACCUCUUUGCCUUUGCCUACCACGCUUGGUGCCUGGGGCUGAUGGAGGAGGACCAGCACACCCACCUGUGUCAACCAGGAGAGCAUAUACGACGUCGGCAGGAGGCCGAGCUCACAAGGAUGGGCUUUGACCUGCAGAACGUCUGGAGAGUCUCACAGAUCAACAGCAACUAUAAAUUGUGCCCCAGUUACCCCCAGAAGCUGUUGGUUCCUGUGUGGAUCACAGAUAAAGAGCUGGAGAACGUGGCUUCCUUCCGCUCCUGGAAGCGGAUCCCUGUGGUUGUGUACAGGCACCCACGCAAUGGGGCUGCCAUCGCCCGCUGCAGCCAGCCUGAGAUCAGCUGGUGGGGCUGGCGCAAUGCUGAUGAUGAGUACCUGGUCACGUCCAUUGCUAAAGCUUGUGCCCUAGAUCCGGGGACAAGGGCCACUGGAGGCUCCCUCGGCACCGGGAAUAGUGAUGCCAGCGAGGCAUGUGACACUGACUUUGACUCCUCCUUGACUGCAUGCUCCGGAGUGGAGAGUGCAGCGGCCCCUCAGAAGCUGCUGAUCCUGGAUGCUCGGUCCUACACGGCGGCAGUAGCUAACCGGGCCAAGGGUGGAGGAUGUGAAUGUGAAGAGUACUACCCCAACUGUGAGGUUGUGUUCAUGGGAAUGGCCAACAUCCAUGCCAUCCGGAAUAGCUUCCAGUACCUCCGGGCUGUGUGCAGCCAGAUGCCUGAUCCCAGCAACUGGCUGUCAGCACUGGAGAGCACCAAAUGGCUGCAGCACUUGUUGGUGAUGCUGAAGGCAGCUGUGCUCGUGGCUAACACAGUAGACCGGGAAGGCCGGCCUGUGCUGGUGCACUGCUCAGACGGCUGGGACCGGACGCCGCAGAUUGUUGCCCUGGCCAAAAUACUUCUGGACCCAUAUUACAGGACACUGGAGGGCUUCCAAGUAUUAGUAGAGUCUGACUGGCUGGAUUUUGGGCACAAGUUUGGAGAUCGCUGUGGUCACCAGGAAAAUGCAGAGGACCAAAACGAGCAGUGUCCUGUGUUCCUGCAGUGGCUUGAUUCUGUUCAUCAGUUGCUCAAGCAGUUCCCCUGCCAGUUUGAGUUUAACGAAGCAUUUCUGGUAAAACUGGUGCAGCACACGUACUCCUGCCUCUACGGCACAUUCCUGGCCAACAACCCCUGUGAGCGGGAGAAACGCAACAUCUAUAAGCGGACCUGCUCUGUGUGGGCUCUCCUGCGAGCUGGCAAUAAGAACUUCCACAACUUCCUUUACACACCGGGCUCAGACAUGGUCUUGCAUCCUGUGUGUCAUGUCCGGGCCCUGUACCUCUGGACAGCUGUGUACUUGCCAGCGUCGUCUCCAUGCACACUUGGCGAGGAGAGUGUGGAUCUUUACCUUUCCCCGGUGGCUCAGAGCCAGGAGUUCUCUGGCCGCUCCCUGGACAGAUUACCUAAAACCAGAUCUAUGGAUGAUCUUCUUUCUGCCUGUGAUACAAGCAGCCCCUUGACUCGCACAUCCAGUGAUCCUAACCUGAAUAACCACUGUCAGGAGGCCAGAGUAGGCCUGGAGCCCAGGCACAGCAAUCCCGAGGGAUCAGAGGAAACCUUUGUGGACUCUGGGAUAGGAGGGCCUCAGCAGAUUGUAGGAGAAAUGGGUCUUCCAGCCCCUCUGCCCAGCAGCCAGAAAGACUCCUUAAGCAAUAAACCUUUCAAGAGUCAUAAAAGCUCUUCUCCAAGUUAUAAACUGCUGAAUACCACAGUGCCCCAGGAAAUGAAGAGCAACACCCCUGAGCCUGAGAUCAAAGUCCUGGAAGAGACUAAUAAACCAGCUCCAGACCCUUCUGCCCAGGAUGAUCUGGGUAGGACUUUAGGUGGCACAGAGGAGCAACCUGGACAUUCUCCUGAAAAAGAAGCUGUCAGUGCACUCUCUAAAGUCAUUUCCAACAAGUGUGACCGAAUUUGUGGUUUUCCUGAGUCUUCCCAGGACUUCCUUACGGGCGCCCCACAAUGGGCCCAGCUAGACUCUGUGCUUGGUGUGCCCUCCAGAUGUGCCCCGGAUCACAUUCUGGGAACCCUUUGCAACCUACCGAGUGCUACUUGCCAAACUCCUCCAGACCUAAGCACUGAUUUCUUUAGUCAAGAUCCCCCAAGUUCUGUGGGAAGUAUCUACCACCAGGAGCAGCCCAGUUCUGUGCCAGAUCUGAUUCUUGGGGAGGAAGACACUGGCAAAAGAGGGAAUACUAGGAACGGGCAGUUAUUAGAAAAUCCUCGCUUUGGGAAAGUGCCAUUGGAAUUGGCCCGAAAGCCAAUUUCUCAGAGCCAGAUCAGUGAGUUCUCUUUUCUAGGGUCCAACUGGGACAGCUUCCAUGGGAUGGUGACUUCAUUCCCAAGUGGGGAGACUAUCCCUCGGCGGCUGCUCUCCUAUGGCUGUUGUAGCAAGAGGUCAAGCAUUAAGCAGAUGCGGGCAACAGGGCCCUGCUUUGGGGGCCAGUGGGCUCAGAGAGAAGGAGUGAAGUCACCGGUCUGUUCUAGUCAUUCCAACAGUCACUGUACUGGUCCAGGAGGAAAAAACAACCGGCUAUGGUGGCCUGGUCACCGAAAGCAGGUCUCCAGCAUAAAGUCUGUUCCGUUGAGCUGUCCUUCUCCAGUGCCUCCUCUUUACCUGGAUGAUGAUGGACUCCCCUUUCCCACGGAUGUGAUCCAGCACAGAUUACGGCAAAUUGAAGCAGGGUACAAGCAAGAAGUGGAACAGCUACGUCGACAGGUGCGUGAGCUUCAAAUGAGACUGGAUAUCCGUCACUGCUGUGCGCCUCCAGCAGAGCCCCCCAUGGACUAUGAGGAUGAUUUUACAUGUUUGAAAGAGUCGGAUGAUAGUGAUACAGAAGAUUUUGGCUCUGACCACAGUGAAGACUGCCUUUCAGAAGCAAGCUGGGAACCUGUUGAGAAGAAAGAGACAGAGGUGACCCGGUGGGUUCCAGAUCAUAUGGCGUCACAUUGCUAUAACUGUGACUGUGAGUUCUGGUUGGCCAAACGGAGACACCAUUGCAGAAAUUGUGGGAAUGUGUUUUGUGCUGCCUGCUGCUACCUGAAGUUGCCCAUUCCUGAUCAACAACUCUAUGACCCAGUUCUCGUCUGUAACUCAUGUUAUGAACAUAUCCAAGUAUCUCGUGCCAGAGAACUCAUGAGCCAGCAUCUGAAGAAACCCAUUGCUACAGCUUCCAGUUGAAUGCCAGAGAUGACCUGUCCAGUUGUAGUAGGUUUGAAGGGAGGAUCUGCUCCGGGUUUAAUUUUGAAGGUUCCUUGGUGUGGCUCACAAAAUUGCAGAGCUCAAAGAUACUGUCUUGAGAAAUCUUCCUUGGUACCAUGAGACUGGAGCAAUUUGGCAGGAGGUCCUCUACCUGGGAGACUCUCACCUUGGGGGUAUGGUCCCAAUCCAGACCCAGAGUCUGGAAGCUUAAUGUUGAGUUGGUGACUCUGGCUUCUUUCCCUGGGGGUCACAAGACGAUAAUUUCAUUGAUCCUGCCUGAUGAUGCGUGCCCCAGACAGCAAUAGAAAGACAUAUAUGUAUAACCAAACUCCAAGGGAUAACCGGACUCAUUGCUCCUUCAUUUUGAAAAAGUAUAUAAGAUAGGAAUUCUUACCCGAUUUGAAGUGAACUGUACCCUGUACCCCUGUGCUCUGUGUCUGUGCAUGAAGGCUCAGUCUUUAGAGGCACUUCCUCUAGUUACAUUAGUUCUGUCUUUCUGUGGAGUUUGGUUGAAAGACUGGUUCAGCAAGUGGAGCUUUUGCUGUAUUUUUCACUUGGCUCAUGGGCCAGCAUCAGUGAAUAUUCAGUUUAGGGGGACAGUUCUAAGGAGUGAGACAUUUUUGGGAGCAGAAGAAAAUUCUGCUGAUGUUCAGUCCUGGCAAAAAUCAGUUUUUUGAGCUGUGAAGGCAAUAGUCUCUGUUACUCAAUGGCAGCUUUUGAGGUAUGCACUGUGAAGAAUGAGAAGGGAAAUGCAGAAAUUAUCCUUGUGAAAUAUUUGCUGAUUAUGCCCUCCCCUUUGCGCCUGACUUCCUAGUUGUCCUGGUGCUAACACAGGAGCUACACCUUGAUCCUCUCCUGGCAUGAAAAUAAAGCAGUGUUUAUUUUUGUUGUUCCACCGCCCACUUCCCUCAUGUUAUACUCCCCUUGGCUGCUCCCUCCUCUGGGUCACACUGCUUCUUAUCCUGAACACUUGACACCUUGAGGGUAGAAUUUAGUGUUUGGUUUUUACCUCCUAGAAUAUGCUGUUUGGUAUGUGAGGGUUUCAGUACAAAUGCUGCUGUCUAUUUCUGUGCACUUAAUAAUGGAACCCAAACAGAAGAGAAAAAAGCCUUGAUACCAAAAUUGAGAGAGAAAAUGUGUCCAUUUGGACCAAGUGUUGUUUUUUUUUUGUUUUUGUUGGUUUUUUUCUUCCAUCUUAAAAUAUGUAUGUACCAGUGGCACUUAACCAAAAGAUACAGUGAUAAAGCCAUGUAUUGUGGUUGGGACAGAUACAGUCUCCUUGACCUAUAAUGGAACCACUAGGAUUUUCUUUAUAUGUUUUCCUUAAUCCAUUGAUGUAUAGAAGGUAAAUUAUAUUUAGGCUUAUCCUGUUUGAAAAUUGGUAGCUGUCUGUGUAAUUCUACUUUCAUAUUGCUUCCUGGAAAAAAAAUUUUCAUUCAGAAAUAACUAGGAUGUGCAUUUAGAACAAGAAUUCUUAUUUGUCCUGACCUUUUCUUUAGUCCUACAGAGAAGCAUCUGUGCUUUUUAUACUUGCCGUGAUGUAACCUAAAAGGUUUUGACGUAUUUAGGUCAACCUAGCAGAACUUUUUAUCGUUUAAUGGAGAUUUUGUGUCUGGGAAAUUCCUGAGAUCAUUGAAAAAGUAACAAAUUAUUCCUUGUCUCUGAUAUGUAAAAUUCUUCUAAGCAUUUUCUCAAUCAUUAAAACUUACUGCCAGUUCUAAGUGGCUUCUUAAUUUCAUUGCAUUUCACGCUGCCCACUUUUAGGGGACAUUCAAGGAGACUGUAUCUGUCUACUUUGUGUAGCUGUUUUGAGGAACUGUUCCAUCAGUGAACAUACUGCAUUGCCUGGGAGAGAGACUGGGCUCUCGGCUCAGAUGUAUUCAUCAAAUACUCCUUUCAGAGCUCUUGUGGGUGUAAGUGACACGAUGUGGCCAAAAACCCAAACUGUGCAGUUGCGUUGUGACAAACAUGCAAUGUGCUGUAAAAACUCAAUACAAUUUAAAUAAAAUCUCUAUAUUAGU